AUGUCGACUUCACGUAUACGUAUUACACAUUCGCACUCGCGCUCGCAUUCGCGCUCGCAAUCUCGGCCACGUGCUGAGGUCUCGGGCGAUUCUAGCGGGUUUUCUGACGAGCCAGGAUUCAGUGAAUCACAGGGAGAGGAAGAGGACGAGUGGACAGACGAAGGCGAACUUGACCCAUCAGAUUCGGCAUCGAGCCCCGGGGAUGGGUUUGCUCACCCAAGAGGCUCUACAAGACAACCGAUCCGACAUCACCAAAUAGCGCCUACAAGAGGUCCGCCGCCAUCAGGGUACGGCUACAGGCCAGCUCCGCCGCAGCAACAGGCGCCUGCCAGUUUAGACCCCUCGGAGGAAUACGCCUACGGCUACGGCCAAUAUCCGCCGAUGGACGGCCACUACGGCCCUCCACGCGACCCUCGGGCCCGUGGAUAUGGGCAUCACGGUGGAGGAUACCCUCAAAACCAUGGAGGUUAUGCGCCGCCUUACGGCAAUCAACAGGUGGUACCUAACAAUUACCAUGCUCCGAACCCAUUUGCACCAGCCGGUGGUGCUCGCCCUAACUAUUUGGAAUAUGGAGGAUGGACUGGUGAAAUGAACCAGAUGAUGGCAUAUGGCGGCGGUGCCAAUUACUUCAACGGGCCCCAUGGCGGUGGACACUUUCCCCCCAUGCCUCCGCUUCCCAUGGCGUUGCAGCAAUAUGCUCAAUGGCCAGUUCCACCCCCUCCGCCCACUGACGUUGGGCGACCGAGAACUCCGGCAAAAACGCCUCCCGCCCCUGCCCCUGCCCCUGCCCCUGCUCCGGAGCCUCCAAAGGAAGACCCCGAGAAGGAGCUUAUGAAGAAGCGACUAGCUGAGAUUGAAGCUGCCCAAGCAAAAGCAAAGGAAGAAGCCGAGCGAGACGCGCGAGAGGCAAAAAUUCGAGCAGAGGCAGAAGCUGCAUAUCAACGGAAAAUGGAAGAUCGGGAGAGAGAGGAAAGGGCUCGAGCCGAGGAGAGAGCAAAAGCAGAGAAGGCUCAAGCCGAGGCGAAAGCGAAAGCAGAGAAGGCCCAAGCCGAGGAAAUAGCUGCCGCGCUGGCCAAGGCUAAGUUAGACAUCGAGGCCGCCGCGAAAGCAGCCGAACUGGCGACUCGAGAAGCUGUCGCAGCGGAGAAGAAAGCUGCAGAAGAGCGUGCAAAAGCAGAAGCGGAUGUCAUUGCUAGAGCCGAACGAGCAGCGAUAGAUAAGAUUGAAGCGGCCAGAAGAGCAGACGAAGAACGUGCGAAAAAGGAAGCAGAGAUGGCUGCAGCUGCAGAAUUGGCUGCUCGGUUGAAGUUGGAGGCUGCUAUGAAGGCAAAAGAGGAGGCUGAAGCAGCCGCGGCGAAGAAAGCCAAAGAGGAGGCAGAAUGGCGCAAGACUCUGGAAGAGGAAGCAAAACUAAAGGCCGAGCUCGAAGCGAGGGCCAAGAUUGAGGCGGAGCGGAAAGCUGCUGAAGCCGCCGCCGCUGCCGACGCCGAGAAAAAGAAAGAAGAGGAGGCAUUCAAGACGAGGGCAUUGGAGGAGGCCAGGAUCAAGGCGGAAGAAGCAACUAGGAAGGACUUGGGCAAGGACAAGGACCCGAUCAAAUUUAAGGACGCUGUGGGCAGGAAGUUCAGCUUCCCAUUUCGUCUGUGUCAAACAUGGAACGGCAUGGAAGAGCUCAUAAAGCAAGCGUUCUUGCAUGUUGAUGUAAUCGGCCCACAUGUGCAGCAAGGCCACUAUGAUCUCCUCGACGGCGAUGGCGAGAUCAUCCUCCCGCAAGUUUGGGACAGGGUUAUCGAACCGAACCAAGCCAUCACUAUGGUCAUGUGGCCUAUGGACAGACAACAACCAGCAGGUAUGCCGAUGCGGCCCGGCCCGCAACCACAACACAUGCCAAUGCCAGGUCAUCCUCAUCACGUACGACCACCGGGCAUGAUGCCUGGGGGUCGUCCCCAAGCAGGCCCUGGACGACCCAUGCACGGCGGUCCGCCGGUGCCCCCCAUGCAUCACCGCCCUGGCCCAAUGCCUGGACCCGGAAUGCACAUGGGUGGUCAGCGACCACCAAUGGUUCUCGAGACUAAAAAGAAGAAAUCGUCGGGUAAGGGGCCCAGCCUGACAGCAGCGUUCUUUGGCGUGGGUGGAAAAGCGAAGAAGUAA